UUGCGAGUCUUUUGUCGAAUCUUACACACACCAAAGAUCUUCUUCAUACCUAAACACACUUCUGACUGACCGGAGAAUCCCGCAGGUGAAGCAACCCCCACCCAAUCCAAUCCCAAACCAAAACCAGAUAAAAUAUCUUCUCCUAUUAUCCCCCUUCUCGAAACACAAUCCAACCCAUUUUGUGUCCUCCUCUUCUUCCGUACUCUCUUUUCUCUUUCAUGAUUCCAGGGCCUUGGUUCAAUCCAGGCUACAUCUGAUUGGAUUGAUUCCACCGCCGACAUUUUUUCACAAAUUUUUUUCCACAGUUCCUUGGACAUAAAAAUGUCCCAGAAAUUCCAGAACCCAGAAAGUGAAAAAAGGAUGCUCUUUUAUGGCACAUGAAGAUAUCAAUCUUUUUGCGUCACAACAGAAUGGAAGAUGAUGAUAUAUUUUCUGGGAUUGGUAUUGGAGCGCAAGUCGAUGGCAAAGUAGUUCAAACAUUUCAGAAGAGCUUCUUGCAAGUGCAAAAUAUUCUGGACCAAAACAGGCUGCUUAUCAAUGAGAUCAAUCAGAAUCAUGAAUCUAAGAUCCCAGAUCACUUGACCAGAAAUGUGGGCCUAAUUAGAGAGCUCAAUAACAACAUUAGGAGGGUGGUUGAUCUUUAUGCUGAUCUUUCGAAUUCUUUUGCCAAAACCAUGGAGGUGUCUUCAGAAGACUCAGCUGGGACUACUAAAUCGGAUGGAAGAGGAGGCCAGAAGAGAUUUAAAUCCAGCUAACUCGAUUCCAAUUCAUGAAAAUCAAGAGGGGAUCUUCAAUCCCUCUCCUUUCCACUCUACUUCUUAAAUUUGACCCCCUAUCUUGCUGGAAAAAAAAAAUCAAAACAAAGGGGAUCUUCAAUCUUUUUUUUAUUUUAUUAUUAUUGUUUUUUUUCCUGAGCUUGCCAUAAUUUCAUCAGAUAUAUCUCUAAUUCACUUUAGUGGAUCUUCAUUUUUCUUUUCA